AGAUUGCAAUGCAAGCCAAAGUGAUUUAAACUUUAUACAUGGCCUUUAAAUUAGUUGCUGGCAUUAUAAUACUAAAGGGCUGCAGUUGAAUCUGUAAUAACUUAAAGUGAAUAUUUUGAACAAAUCAGGAUGAGAGUCAACAGAGCCGUUCAAAAGGUGUUGACCUCAAAUUAUAAGUGUAACUACAUUAUAAUCUUAAUGCUGAUGUUGUGUGUAUAUCUGUACACUAAGAACAAAGAAACAAUCCUCGACUGUCAUUCGACCACUGCGAAAGUUUUGACAGAUCUGAGGCAAGAAGAGAAGGUAAAACUAAGACAUCACGAUGACAAUAUCACUUUAUCAAGCAAGAAGAAUGAUAUAAUUGAGAAUAGCAACAACAUAACUACCAUUGGAACUAUGUCUCAAAUAGGAAUUGACAAUAAAACUAUGCCUCAGAUAAGAAGUACCAAAAACAGUUUGCAUGACAGUGCAAAUAGCACAACGUCAAGCAAGCCAGUUAUACAACUGAAUAUAUCUGAUACCAGAAAAGGGACAGAAAAUGAUUUAAUUGAUCCAGUUAACUAUACAGCUGAAAUCAGCAAUCCACAUGAUUUUGAAUUCACAAUUAAUGAAAAUCAAACUUGCAAGAACGAUGUUUUUCUUCUUGUGUAUGUCUACACAGCACCAGGAAAUUCUGCUCGCAGAAUGGCCAUCAGGAGUACGUGGGGAAAUACAACUUCAUAUAAUAAACCUGACAAAAAUGUCAAAGUAAUUUUUUUGCUUGGAAAAACUACUGAGACUCUACAAUCCAAAAUAAGAGCAGAGAGUUUACUAUUUAAGGACAUAAUUCAAGAGGACUUUGUGGACUCAUACAGAAAUUUAACAUAUAAAGGUGUGAUGGGAUUAAAAUGGGUUGGAAAGUAUUGCCCAAAUGCUACAUUUGCUCUCAAAGUUGACGAUGAUGUUUUUGUCAAUAUAUUCAGUUUAGUAAAAUAUUUGGAGAAAAGUAACAGUAAUAAGGUUAUAUAUGGACAUAUGGGGCCAUUAGGAUCAAAGAGACCUGUUUUCAGGGACAAAAAAAAUAAAUGGUAUGUAUCGAGGGAGGAAUUUCCCAUGGACUUUUUCCCACAAUACGCUAGUGGUAUGGCAUAUGUUAUUUCCGGCUCUGCAGUGAAGACAUUAUAUGACGCAUCGCUACAUUUGAAGUUUGUCUCGAUGGAGGAUUUUUACAUUACAGGCCGUGUUGCAAAAGCUGUUAAUGUCGCAUUACACAACAUGCAUGGCUUUCUGUUCAGUCCAAGUGUUGAACACUUUUUUAAACAAAAAAAAGAACAAACAGAAAUAAUUCAAAACAAUAACUGGAAGUUUGCAUUCAGUGGAUCAAACAAUAUGACUUCUUUAAAUAUUUUAUGGCAUAAAUUAAUAUCUGAACAAAAUAUGUAACCCAUUUUAUGAUUUUGGAUGUUGUAGGGGAGCCUGAAAUAAUAAUAAUAUUUAAAAAAUAUUACUCAUUUUAAUAUCAAAAUCAUUCAGAUUGAUUUUUAUGUCACCACCAAAAGGGGUGACAUAUUGUUAUAGUCUCCAACUAUUUUGUGGAUGGUGUUUGGCAUUUAGCAGUUGGUGUCGGCAUUCAGCGGUUGUCAACUGUGUCAAAUGGCAGGU